GAUCUUUCUCCUCUUUUUGUAGCCUGACAGUGAAGAUGAACUUGUGGAUGAGCAGCUGUUGGUCAGCCACCCUGCUCGCUCUGUUCUCUCUCACCCCUGUAUGCCGUCAGUCAGCUGCAUUCACGCCAACAACGGUCUUGCGGCUUUCGAGGACUUCGCAACAGCAUCAACAGCAGCAGGGGAGGAGAGGACAAUGGACGAUCCCAAGGGCUGCUGCUGCUGCGUCAGGGGUCAGCCCUGCCAUCGAAGACCACCCCAUCGCAACCAGCAGCACCAGCACACUCGACGAUGCAACCAAGGAGACUGAAGACAACGACGCGUUAUUCUCUGCCUACGCCAACGACACUCUUCCACCGUCUGCUGUCAGCAGCGUCAUCAAACCAUCCGAGCCCGGCCCGCCCAUCCUCGGCUCACCCUUCCUGCGGACUCUCUGGGACUUCACCAGACCACACACGCUCAUCGGCAGCGCAUUAUGCAUCCCCGCCCUCCACCUGUUCGCGUGGCCGCUCGGCGCAUCAGUGCCCCUGCAGCCACUGCUCAUGUCCAUCUUCUGGGCGACCCUGCCGGCGCUGCUGAUGAACGUGUACAUCACUGGUCUGAACCAGGUGACGGACAUCGAGAUCGACGCCAUCAACAAGCCCUACCUGCCCAUUCCCUCACGCCGCCUCUCGCGGAGGGCGGCGGUGAUCGUCGUGGCGUCGUCUCUCGCGCUGUCUUUGGCUGUUGGGUUUGGGUGUCCCUACUCGACUGGCGGGUUGAGGUGGACCCUCGUCGGGUCAAUGCUUCUCGGAACCAUCUACUCUCUGCCACCGUUCAGGUGCGGAGUGCAUUCGAUAUGCGAGAGCCGUCAUGCGAUACGAUUGUUCCACCGUUUUUGUUCUUCUUUUCUUCGUUCAGGUUGAAACGAUUCCCGUUGUUGGCGGCCUUGUGCAUCAUCGCGGUGAGGGGCGCGCUGGUGAACUUAGGGUUCUAUGCCCAUGCCACGCAGGGCGUGUAUGCGCCGUGGUUCACCGACGCGCCGCACGCAACCGUGCUGGGGACGCUCCUGCAGGUAACUAAGUGAGUCAGAAAUCAUGGGGGAGAGCGCUGUGAUGGGGCGUGAUCGAUGUGGGUGGUGUGGGUGGAUUGGUGUCCCUUUUUUUGUUCCUUCUCUCUCUCUCUCUCUCUCUCUCUCUCUCUCAGGACAGUGGUUGUCUGUUGACGACUCUGUUCUUCACCUGGUUCGGCGUGCUGAUCGCUCUCAUGAAGGACAUUCCCGACGUCCAGGUCGGUCCUUAAGUCACACACACACCACUAAUGACUCAGUCUGGCACACAGACACAGGUAUUGUAUAGCCUGUUCUGUCUGUAUGUUUCAGGGCGAUCGUGCCUUUGACAUUGCGUCUUUCUCAGUCCGCUUCGGCCAGCGGCAAAUGUUCCGACUCACGUAAGCCAAACAAAAUUCGCGAACCCAGCCAUAACUGUUUGCCAAUGUCUGUUCGGGGUCAGGUCCGGUGGGCUGAUUGGCCUCCUAGCAGCAGCAGGCGUGUCCUUGCUCGCGUCAGCCGGUCGAGCACUCCCCUCUGCCCUCCCCGUCCACCCCUUCCCCUCCCCCUCCAUCGCGGCCAUGGUUCGGUGGCUCGCUCCGUCCCUAUCGCGGGCAGCGGUGGCUGUGGCUGCGUUGGGUCUCGCCUUGACGACGUGGCGGCGCGCGGCCGCGGUUGAUUCCCGGUGUAGCAGUGACGUGUACAGGUUCUACAUGUUCAUGUGGACGAUAUUCUAUGCCUCUUACUGCUUGUUGCCGCUCACAAGGUAGGUAGACCACGUGACGGAGAGAGGUAGACACGUAGCUCAGUGGCCGCAUCCGUCCAUCGCAAGGACGGGUGGGGCUGGUCGGGUGGGUUUUGGAGCUUUUGAUGGAUGUGUGUGUGUCGGCCGGUGAGAAGCGGGGAGCCGGAGGGGGGAGGGUGUAGCUAGAGGUGAAAGGGGGACGGGAGCUGUGCGUUGCGUUGUUCAGCUAGGCACUGUAAUGUAUAGAUCUGUUUUCAUGUACGUGCUGCGGAGCUGUGCAGAUGGCAGACAGACGAUUUGUGAAUGGAUGGAUGGAUGGCUGGAUGGCUGGACGGAUGGCCCGUGGUGGCCACCAUGUCAUGUGAGGCCCGUUCUUUUUGGUAGUGUGCCAGUGUGCCACAUUUCAAUCAAAAAUCCGACGUACAGCU